UAAUUGCUAACCACUACACUAGAUAUAAUACAUAAGAUACCACCUCUGCCUUCAAGCCACUCACCAUCAUUUACUGAGCACCUAUUAUGUGUCCAGUUCUGGGCCAGGCCUUAAGGAUCCAAAGAUGACUAAGCCUUGAGCAUACAGUGAGGUGAGAUAAACAAGGAUAAACAAGUAUUGGGGGCUAUAGAGGAAAGUAUGUACAGAGAGGCCACAGGGGAAAGGGUCAGGCAGGAAGGGAGUAUAGAGAAAGUGACCAUCUGUAGUUUCACACGUGAGGAUUUGCCAGGUGGAAGGGGGAAAGGAUCCCAGUGGGAAACAGAGCCUGGUUCUUGGGGGAACUGCAAAUAGGAUAUGACUAGAAAAUAGGGCAUGAGUCCUGCCAGAAGAGACUGGUGGGUCCUUCCAACACUGCUAAGUAGCUUAUGUCCUAAAAGCGAUGGGAAACAAAAUGAUCAGACUGGUGUUUUAGAAAACUCACUGGCAGUACUGUAGAGACCAAAUUGGUGGGGGCAGGGCUGUUUGGAGCCUUGCACUAAUAUCUCGGGCAGAACAUGAGAAAGGCUUGAACUAGGGCAGCAGAGGCUGGAGGGAGACAUGGACUUAAGAAAGUUUAAGGAGGUAGAAUCGGCUGCACUUGGUUGCAUUUGAGAAUGGGAGAUGUCCAGUUGUUUUCUGGGUGUCUGGUUGGGAGACAAUGUAAUUAAUUCAGGGCGAUACCUGCAGUAACAGGUGUGCAGAGUGCUGUGGAGAGGUGCUCCGAAUUAGCCCAUGGCUGGCGGGAGGUGGCAUGUGAGUCCAGAAAUCUUUCGGUCUGGGGUCAUUGUCCUAAACAGAGAAGAAAAGGGACCUGAGGGUGUAGAGGUGGUCUCCUUUGUCGUGCAUUAACCUUACACCCAUGGAUCACCCCGGGACGUUCGGGAAGCCUGGCUUCCUUUCAACCCGCGGACCCAGGGGAGGCGCCGCUGGGCCACCAGAGGGCGCCGAGAGGGCCGCAGCGACCCAGAGCCACGUAAUGGCCGCGGCGCGGGUGCUGCUGCUCGUGUCCGGGCGCCCGGAGUCGGUGAGCUUCGCACAGAGCGUGUGUGGCCGCCUGGGCGCCGGGCCAGGGCUCGGGCCAUGGCCCACGCACUGCGGCCUGAAGCGAGGGCAGCUCCUCCUCUCGGACAAGCCAUUCCCAGGUGCCUCGGCCAGGCUUCCGCUGCAGCGACCCCCUUUCUGCCCUUUUGCGGCCCUGGACCAGCAGCAGCCCAGGCCUCCGGUUACCGAGCUGUCCACGAAUCGAGGCGUGGAUCUGGGUGUGGCCAUCAUUCUGCAGUCCAGCGACCAAAUGGUCUUGUUGACCCGAAGGACACACACCCUCAGAGUUUCCCCCAACCUCUGGGUACCCCCAGGUGGGCACGUGGAACUUGAUGAAGAGCUGUUGGAUGGAGGGCUUCGAGAGCUUGGGGAGGAGAGUGGACUACAGCUACCCCAGGGCCAGUUCUCUUGGGUCCCUCUGGGGUUAUGGGAGUCUGCCUAUCCUCCUAGACUGAGCUGGGGUCUCCCCAAAUACCAUCACAUCGUUCUCUAUCUACUUGUGGUCUCCCAGGAGUCACAGCAGCAGCUGCAGGCCCGGAUCCAACCAAACCCAAGGGAGGUGAGCGCCUUUAUGUGGCUGGGACCAGAAGUGGCAGCUGCAGUAGCUGCCACAGAGGACGGAACAGAGACGCCCAGACAUCUCUCCCAGGACCUACCCGCCUCUGUCCUUGCAGUGGAACUAGGGGAUGAUGGCGGCGCUCGACCUCUGGCCUUGCCCAUGUCCACACUGCUACGGACGACCCCAACCACCACAGAAGGCAGAGAGAGAGUCAGCACUGGGACGAAGUUUGCCCUCAGGCUCUGGCUGCAACAUCUGGGCAGGUAAAGAUGAAGAAGGGCAGGUCAAGUGUGACACCCUGACGGUGUGAAAGUGGAGCUCACAUGGACCCAGGGCCUGCAAAGGAAGAACAGAACAUGGACCCCCCUCCCCGCAAACCAGGGAUCCGGAAAGCCAAGUGCAUAAUCCCCUCCCCGGCCCACCUCCAUGACACUCACAGAACAUUCACAACCUUUAUUAUGGUUAAGAACUUUGCUACAACUUUGGGAAUAAAAAGGAAAAUUACAACAGAGGUCCUAGGCCCUGGAGGAGCCGAAAAAGGAGACGGGAGAGCACGAGGGUCCUCCUACUUCCCAGGAAAGGUGCAGAAUGAGCCAGACCUGCCCACAGGGCCACGGGCCUUUAGAAGCUCAGGCCCUGGGCUGGCGGCCUAAGAAACAUUGUGAACUUAAAUAUAUAAAUAGAGCGAGCCCCAGGCAACAGGCCAGGCCCUGCUCCCAAACCCCUGGGGAUCAGGGCUAAGGCCUUAUCUCCUCCUCAGUCAUACUGGGAAGGAGGAGGCAGGGGAAGUCAUCUUUGGAUGUAUCUUGGUUUUUCUUCUUUAUGUACAAAAAAUCUGCAACCCAAAAUAGAGUUCUCUGUCCAUGUGUC